UAACGAUCUACUAUUGCCACUACUAGUAUCAUGAAAAACUCUACAGGCACAACCCUUGUUUGGGCAUUGGUUUCCGCCCUGGCGCUGUCCUCGUCGUUCUGCCAUGCACUGAUUCCCUUCUUGGACGGAGGCAAGGACAUUCCCAAGCUCUAUAACGGCUACUUUGAUUCGCAGAUCGCAAAGCAGGUGUCGACGGCCGUCGGUGCCGCUAUUUCGAGCGGAAAAACGAAUAUCGAGGUCAACCUGCCCCCGGUUCCGAACGUCGAGGAGGUUCGAUUCGGGUGCGUCGAUCGCCGGCCUUUCUUUCUGGCUCGUGUUUGUUCGUUUUUCGGAAAAGCAGCAGCGUCGGAGCUUCUGUAAAUGGCGGGGAGGUUUACGAGGGAUGCAUCUUUCGGCUACACGGUUUCCUCACAUUUUUCUGCGUUUUCCAACCAACUCGAUGGAAUAAUCAUGUCGUAUUUUUGCUACUCUAUCGUUGAAUUCCUCAAAUUUCUUACCUUUUCCAAAAUGAAUUAAUUUUGCUCGACGCCGUCGUCUACACUACAAUCUGCAUCUAAAUUUUUGGACGGAACCACACCCAAAAAAACACCGUACGCCAUUCUACUCGUGCAGCACGCCCCUCAACCAAAAGUUUGGCAAGCAGGUUGUUGCAAAGGACCUGAAGGUAAAGGGCGGCUACUUCCCGGGCAGCGACAUCUCGCGGCAGCAACUCUCUUACGCCAACAUUUACUGGGCCAAACAGAUCGCGGGUUCCGUCGGUGGGGGCGUCCUGGGUGGAAAGUCCGUAUCGGUUUUGUCGGCGGAUCCCCUCGACUACGACAACAUCCAAGCCAAGGGUUCCAUGUCCAAGCUCGGUCCGAUCCGCGGAUCCAACAACGGCCGCAGGGGCGGAAGCAACACCGAGCUGGCCGACGCCUGCAUCGCCGUCAACCCGGGCGGCGAGGAAACCUGGGCCAAACUGAAACAAUCCCUUACGAAAAACGCCAAGUCCCCCUUCGUGAUUCUAAACAACGCCUACUCGACUACCUACGGCCUGGGCAACAAGAAGAACUACGAGGAGGCCUAUUACCUGAAACGAAUCACGAAGGGAUGGAUCUACCGGGCCUACCCGGGUCCGUGGAAGGCUUAUCUGGAAAAGCCGGACGGGUCGACCGAGCUCAUGAAGUCGUACAAAACGAAACCGGAGCUCAGGGAGGUCGCCGAGUUGGUCCGGGAGGAGUCCUUCAAGCGGUACGCGAUCAACAACGACCGAUGGAUGAGCGGGCGGAUGUGAUUUGAUUUGAUUUGAUUUGAUCUGGCACAAUCCAAUCCGUGAUCGACCUUUACGCAAUGAACGGACAGAAGAGUC